AUGGACGAAGUAGAGCUACGCCUGGUCGGAGACAAGCCGAAACGCUCGUCGAUACACUCGACGGAGGCCUUGCUUGACGCUGCUCUCACCGACGACUCGUUCCUCACCGAUGAAGACGACGCCCGCAACGGCGUUGAAGCCAAUGGCUCUAAUGGCGCCGCCCAGGCCCCCGUUUUGGACGAUGUCGACGAGUCAGCUGAGCUCCUGCCGCCAGCUCCUGAAGAUGAUAUCCUGAGGUUUAUGGCUGCCUGUCAGAUGGGCGAUUUAGCCGCUGUGGAACAGUUUAUCAAAGACGACCCUCAACUAGCCACUGCCUUUACCGACGAUGGCAUCACGGGGCUUCAUUGGGCAGCCAUCAACAACCGACUACUGGUGGUGCGGUUAUUGGUGGAGCUGGGCGCUGAUGCCAACGCCUUAGGGGGUGAGCUCCAGGCGUCCCCAUUGCACUGGGCGUGUCGUAAUGGGCUCGUGUACAUCGUUGACUACCUUUUGACUCAUGGCAACGCCGACCCUCGUCUCCGUGACGGACAGCUGUAUAACCUGUUGCAUUUAUCUGUCCACUCCAGCAAUAUUACUCUUGUUAUCUACUUGCUCCUCGUAUGUUGCGAUCCUCUGAGGCUGCAAGAACCUACCGCAGUAUACAUUGACGAAGUCGAUGAUCACCAGCGUACUCUGCUUCACUGGGCUGCCUACCAAGGAGACAUCAUGACGAUUAAUGCUUUGCUUCGUUUUGGUGCCGAUGUUACAAAACGAGACGACCAACAAUUCAUCCCUCUUCACUGGGCAUUCAUGCGAGGACAACGCAACACCCUUAGCCGAUUAGUCGAAGCGGGACUGGACAUAUUCGCUGAGAAUAAUGCCGGUAAGGAUUCGUUUGCCGUGGCUCGCGACAUGAACUGCGAACAGCUUUGGCUUAAGACUCUCCGCGAAGAAGGCCGUACGGCUAAAAAUAACUACGCCGCCCUGGUGAUUCUGCCACGGGGCCAAUUGAUAGCAAAGGUGGUGACGUUUUUCGCCCCGUAUUUGUUACUUCCCUUCUGCUUCGCAGUGUUAUCCUUUGGCUUAGGUUUGUUUGUGCCUAAGCUUUUCCUCGCUAUCGUUGCUUGUUUGGCUACUGCUGCCAUCAUUGUUGGCUUUGUCGCUCCAGUGUACAUCCGUGAAGAGGUGAUGUUAGCCAAAACCCCGUUCUUGGCGGGUGUCUUUUCGGGCACUGCCUUUUGGGCGAUUGUGCUGUUCUUGUGGGUGCUCUUCCCCAACUUGUGGCGGUCUCACUACUUCACCUGUGUGGCGAUGGCCGUCGUUAUUGGGGUGUUCUCGUUCUGCUUCUAUAAGACGAUGAUGCUCAACCCCGGGUACGUGCCGAUUCCUGCUGAUAACCAGGUCAUUUUGAGCCAGGUGCGUGAUCUCAUCAAAGCCGGCCGAUUUGACACCGACGACUUUGACGUCAACACCUUUGUUCGCAAACCCCUUCGACUGAGAUAUCUGCGCCAUCUGCGCCGGCUUAUUGCCCGGUACGAUCAUUACUGUCCCUGGGUGUACAAUGAAGUGGGUGUCCGCAAUCACAAGCUUUUCCUCGGAUUCGUCUAUGCGCUCAACCUAGCCAUUUUGCUCUUCAGUUACUUGACUCUCGCCUACUUCAACCGUCAACGCCACGCUCGUGAAGCCGAUGGAUACGACUCCGACGAGGACGAGUGCUGGUUGCUUAGCGAGGAUAUGUGCUACGGGUUCCGCAACCACCACUUCUUGUUCAACUUAAUGGUGUGGUGUUGUUUGCAGUAUGUGUGGUUGACGUUCGUCACCGUAGUGCAACUGUUCCAAGUGCUUCGAGGCGUGACUACCUGGGAACUCGCUCACCUACAAAGUGGACGCGGUCGUGACAGCACCUAUAACCAUCUGACGGUGCCGCUGGACUUCGGUCCCAAAGAGACGAACGUCCAUGACUUAACAGCGCCCAAGCCGGGUCUGCGGAACCAAUUAAACACCUGUAUGCGUAUUUUGGGGAUUGACCAAUUCGUGUUGACGGUGAAGAUGUAUCUUAAGAGUACCCUUGACGAAUCCGACCAACAAAGACUAGAGAUCCCCACCGAUUUUGGACCUAAGCAAAACUGGAUCGAUUUCUGGGUAUUGGGUGAACCCGACUGGCGCAACGUGUUUUUGUUGCCCAUUGAAGGUGAGGCCAACUUAGACGGCCAGGUCGUUGACUACUACCACUUGUACAGCUACCCCGAAAGGGCCUAG